CGGGAGGCCGCUGUAGGUCGCUUCUGCUUCCGGGUCACGGGUUGACAGCGGCUUUGUGGACCGAGCUCGGCGUCUCGUUUGGAGCAUGUGAACACACUCUGAGCCUUGAUGAGUUCCAGUAUGUGGUAUAUUAUGCAGAGCAUUCAGAGCAAAUAUUCUCUCUCAGAGCGCUUAAUCCGAACAAUCGCUGCCAUCCGCUCCUUCCCACAUGAUAAUGUAGAGGACCUCAUCAGAGGGGGAGCAGAUGUGAACUGUACCCACGGCACACUGAAGCCCCUGCACUGUGCCUGUAUGGUGUCAGAUGCUGACUGUGUAGAGCUACUCCUGGAAAAAGGAGCAGAGGUGAAUGCCCUGGAUGGUUACAACCGAACAGCCCUCCACUAUGCAGCAGAGAAAGAUGAGGCUUGUGUGGAGGUCCUGUUGGAGUAUGGUGCAAACCCCAACGCACUGGAUGGUAACAGAGACACCCCACUUCACUGGGCAGCCUUUAAGAACAAUGCUGAAUGUGUACGGGCUCUCCUAGAGAGUGGGGCCUCUGUCAACGCCCUGGAUUACAAUAAUGAUACACCACUCAGCUGGGCUGCCAUGAAGGGAAAUCUUGAGAGUGUCAGCAUCCUUCUUGAUUAUGGUGCUGAGGUCAGAGUCAUCAACCUGAAAGGCCAGACACCCAUCUCCCGCCUAGUGGCUCUGCUAGUCAGAGGACUUGGAACAGAGAAAGAGGACUCCUGUUUUGAGCUCCUCCAUAGAGCCGUUGGACAUUUUGAAUUAAGGAAAAAUGGCACCAUGCCACGAGAAGUGGCCAAAGACCAGCAACUAUGUGAAAAACUGACUGUUCUGUGCUCAGCCCCGGGAACUCUAAAAACACUCUCCCGCUAUGCUGUGCGCCGUAGUUUGGGACUCCAGUAUCUGCCCGAUGCAGUGAAGGGUCUUCCACUGCCAGCGUCUUUGAAGGAAUACCUGUUACUUGUAGAGUAGCCUGGAGGAGACAUUUGCACCAUCAUGCAGGCAGUUCUGGGUGAGCUUUUCCCUGCAGUGCUCUCUCUUGUCAUGAGAUACAAAACUUUUCCUGUUGUGUGGUUCAUAGAUUUUGAGGGAACAUGUCAUAGUAGUAAUCUCUAUACCAAGCAACCAAACCAAAAAAUUUUUCACUUUUGUUUGCUGUUUACUGCUUACUUUGCAUUUUAUAUUGCACCCUACAAAAGAAGAGGUCUUCCCCACCUCUCCUUUAGGGAGAGUCAACAGUGCAACUAAAUUUCUCUAGGAAGAUACAAAGUAUUUAAAGGGUAUGUGUGUGUGGUUACUUUGAAGACAAAAUUUAGCAUUGCAGAACUUCAAGAAAAGUUUUCAGUUUAUCUGUGAAGUUUAAAAUCACAAAUCCAUUUAACAAGAAUUCUGUCCUGCUGGGUGUGGUGGUGCACGCCUUUAAUCCCAACACUCUGCAUACAGAGGUAGGAGGAUCGACGUGAUUUUGAGGCCAGCCUUACACUACAUAGUGAAUUCUGGGUCAGCCUGGGCUAUAGGGGGACACUACCUCAAAAAGCCAAAAAAUAAAAAUUAAACGAAUUCUGGCCCAAGGAUGAAAAUAAGAUACUCUAACCUGAAAUAGUGUGCAUACUCAGAGGUGGGCAUUCAGAGGGGCUGGCUCUUUCCCACAGGUGUGCCCCAAGGGUUACAGUCAUUCAGCAUGUUAUUUCACAAAGAGAUUCUGCUUCUCCCCACAUAGAAGCAACAGGUUCUAAUCAUUUUUCUGACAGUGCUUUCUCUUCCUGAAAGCCAGUUUGCACUAAUGAGCUUUAGCACAUAAGUCUGCACCUUAGAUGAAGUUGUUUGCUCCAGCAGGGGAGAAUGGGCUAGGCUGUUUUUUUCCCAUGGGCUUUCGUUCCCUGUGGCAAGCUCCCUCUGCUAAGAAUUUGGAAUUGUUUUUCCUUCCCACUCUUUGCUUUUUAUUGAUCCAUAGAAGACAUGGGUUGCAAAGUGGAAUUGAGAAGGGAAUAGGAAAAGAAUAUAAAAACUCACUUUGAGAUAGCCCACCUACCCAAAUAAGACCUGCUUCAGUGAAUAGUACUUAGUCAACUUGGUCUUCCUUUUCAUGUUCCUGAAUGACACCAAGUUGACAGUGAUAUUAGAUAUCCUGUAUGCAAAUUUGAACCCUUGUUUUUUAAAGUUGGCUGGAAACUACACACAAAAUGAAUAGACUCUGCUGGCACAGCUAAUUUGAAAAACUGUCUGCUUUUGUCCUUUUGCUGCUUUUUUGCCCACAAAAAAAGAAUAAAGUUCUAAAAAAAAUUGACAACUCCUGCUCUUUCUGCUUUUUCCCCUUCCCUCUUUUACCCCUGUGCAACAAGUUGUUUACUGCUUGGCUGUGCCCUUCCAUCCCAGCCUCUCCCUCAGCAAAUUAUUUUGAGUAUGGGUGAAAAGGAGAGCUUGGACAGAGUGUUUGAAAAGCUUUCCCUUCCUUCAUACACCCCCUCCAUCCCAGGUUUGGAAUUAUUACUUUUGGUCUCAAGCCCAGCUUCAGGGUAUAGCUCAGUGGUACAGCACUUGCCUAGUAUACACAAGGACCUACAUUCAAUAACCAGCACUACACCAAAACAAAACCCAAACCAGCUGCACAUUAGCUCACCGAGGAAGCAGCUUCUAAGGUUUCAGGCCAGACCAGUUGUCAGAAAUUCCUGAGGCGGGCUGGGUUCGUGAGCUUCUUCAGAAGCUUCUAAGGAGUAUCGGAGAGAGAAUGACAGCUUCUCCUUCAGGUACUGGUUCUAAAAUUUAGCAGUCACUUAGAGCCAUGCAAGGAAAUGGUUUCAACCCUAAAGCCCAGGCCCCCUAGACACUGAUUGGAUUGGGCCAAAAUGGGAUUGGGCAUUAGUAUUUUUAAAGGCCACCCCCAACUGAUUCUACUAUUGAAGCUAAGUUUAUGAACCACUUCUGUAGGUGCUAUUUUCAUCAACACUGUUGAUGUCUGGAAAGGGAAAACAUUUUGACCAUGUGACAAUAGGUGUUACCUGUUUCCUCGUAACUUCAUCACAGUUGGUGACUAACAAAUUCUAGUUCCAUUCUGCUAGUUUCAUCACAGCUUCACCUGUUUUUUUGUAUGUGUGUAGCAUGCAUGUGGUCUGUGGUGCAUAUAAAUGUGUAUGCAGAGGCCAGAGAAUGUUGACUGUCCUCUCAUCACUCAUCCGAAUAUUCCUUGAGUUGGAGUCUCUACCUCAACUGCAGCCAGCCAGCACCAGAGAUUUUUUAUUUUCCUUUUUGGUUUUUCGAGGUAGGGUCUCACU